AUGUCCCGCCUCCUCUCCCUGCUCCGUCUCCUGAUUGGCUGCCGCCUCAACUUUGUCCCUCUUCGGCCGCCGUCCCUCCAUUCCGUUGCUAAGCGAAGAAGCAAACGCUCCAAAAUGGCGCCUGCUGCCCGUCAUCCCAUCAUCCCGCCUCCUCUCCCUUCUCCGUCUCCUGAUUGGCUGCGGCUCCACUUUGUCCCUCUUCGGCCGCCGUCCCUCCAUUCCGUUGCUAAGCGAAGAAGCAAACGUUCCAAAAUGGCGCCUGCUGCCCGUCAUCCCAUCAUCCCGCCUCCUCUCCCUUCUCCGUCUCCUGAUUGGCUGCGGCUCAACUUUGUCCCUCUUCGGCCGCCGUCCUUCAAUUCCGUUGCUAAGCGAAGAAGAAAACGUCCAAAAUGGCGGCGGCUGCCCGUCAUCCUAUCAUCCCGCCUCCUCUCCCUUCUCCGUCUCCUGAUUGGCUGCGGCUCAACUUUGUCCCUCUUCGGCCGCCGUCCCUCAAUUCCGCUCCAAAAUGGCGGCGGCUGCCCGUCACCGCCUUAUCCCUCCUCCUUCCCCCUUCCGUGGCUCCUGAUUGGCUGCGGACUCAACUUUGUCCCUCUUCGGCCGCCGUCCCUCAACUCCGUUGCUAAGCGAAGAAGAAAACGCUCCAAAAUGGCGCCUGCUGCCCGUCAUCCUAUCAUCCCGCCUCCUCUCCCUUCUCCGUCUCCUGAUUGGCUGCCGGCCCAACUUUGUCCCUCUUCGGCCGCCGUCCCUCAACUCCGUUGCUAA